AUGUUAUCAAUCAUUGCGUUUUUGGUUUUAAUAGCAGCGAUAUUGAUUCAUUCAACGCCCAUUAUACAGGAGUCUUGUACUGUUAAAAUACUCAAUUCUUCGCUACCAUGUUGGACUGGCAUUACUUCACCUCGUACAUGCAAAUCAGCAAUCCUAAAUUUAGGUGAUACAAAAUAUAAAUCAUGUACUACGGUCGGUCUUGGUUGGUGGUCUGAUUCAACGAAUAGUUUAACCAUAAAUAUUGAAACACCAUUUACACAAGAACGUCAACCAUAUUCGAUCUAUCUAAAUAAUGAACAGCUCAAACAAUUCAAAGAUUAUGAUGUAAAAAUUUACCGAAUAUUGAAUGGUCAAGAAACUGAAUUAAUAUCAUCUGACGAUGUUAUUAUACAAAGUUCGGAUUCAAAUUAUCAAGUUAUAUUAAAAUUUCAAGGUCCAACAAUGUACAACGUAUUACCUAUCAUUUAUGAAGUUGUUAAAACAUAA